AUGGCCCCCCAGCUCAAGGACCCGUCUCUCUUCAAGACGGAUGUCGGUUACGUAAACGGAGAAUGGGUCAAGGCAGCCUCUGGCAAGACCUUUGAGGUUCACGACCCUUCCACCGGGAAGCUUGUCGGCACGUCACCUGAAUUCGACGGCAAAGACACAGAAAAUGCCAUCGCAGCAGCAGCCGAGGCUUUCAAGUCCUUCCGCAAGACGACCGGUCGUGAGCGAUCCAAGCUACUCCGAAAAUGGUACGAUUUGAUGGUUGAGAAUGCUGAGGAUCUCGCGAAACUCAUCACAUGGGAGAACGGCAAGCCAUUGGCCGAUGCCAAGGGUGAAGUUACAUAUGCAGCCAACUUCUUUGAGUGGUUCAGUGAGGAAGCACCCAGAACAUACGGAGACACAAUUCCGGCUUCUGCCGCCGGCAACCGCGUGGUGACAAUCAAGGAGCCAGUUGGCGUUUGUGGCUUGAUCACGCCGUGGAACUUCCCAGCUGCUAUGAUUACACGGAAGAUUGGGCCUGCGCUGGCUGCAGGCUGCACGGUUGUUUGCAAGUCACCCGGCGAGACACCGUUCACCAGUCUGGCAUUGGCUGAGUUGGCCCAUCGGGCAGGAAUCCCCAAGGGUGUUGUGAACGUGAUUUCAUCCCUCGACAAGACUAUUGAAAUUGGCGAGGUCUUGACGACUCAUCCUACAAUCGCAAAGGUGUCAUUCACCGGUUCGACAAACGUCGGAAAGAUUCUUAUGAAGCAGUCCUCAGACACUCUCAAGAUUCUCUCUAUGGAGCUUGGUGGCAAUGCACCUUUCAUUGUGUUCGAUGACGCCGAUCUUGAGGCUGCCGUCACCGGUGCAGUAACAUCCAAAUUCCGAUCUUCGGGACAGACUUGCGUAUGCGCCAACCGCAUCUACGUUCAAAAGGGCAUUUACGACGAAUUUGCCAAGAAAUUCGCCGAGAAGGUCAAGGCUUUCAAGGUCGGUAAUGGUUUCGAGGAGGGCAUUACUCACGGCCCUCUAAUCCACGACCGUGCCGUUAGCAAAGUCCAAGCUCACAUUGCCGAUGCCAAAAAGAAGGGCGGUGAGGUGGUUGUGGGUGGGCAGCACCUGCCAGACUUGGGUUCCAACUUCCAUGAGCUCACCGUUAUUACCGGCAUGACCAAGGAAAUGAAUAUUGCUUCAGAGGAGACAUUUGGUCCUGUCGCUGGACUGUUUUCAUUCGAUACCGAGAAGGAGGUCGUCGACCUUGCGAAUGCCGCAGAAGUUGGCUUGGCUGGCUAUUUCUUCUCUCGGGAUUUCGAGCGCAUUCACCGCGUUGCGGAGGCUCUCGAGGUUGGCAUGAUUGGUGUGAACACUGGUCUCAUUUCUGACCCUGCUUCACCGUUCGGUGGUGUCAAGCAAUCUGGCUUUGGACGAGAAGGCUCGAAGUACGGCAUUGAAGAGUAUCAGAAUAUCAAGACCAUUACAUAUGGAGGCAUGGGCAAGCCUCUGCAAGGGUCAUAA